GCGAGCGGGGCAUGUCCUGACCUCACGCGCGUGAGAUGGCAGCCGUCGAGAGCUUCAGCGCCACGCGCCCCGGUGACCCCCAGCCUGGGGACCUGAUCGAGAUCUUCCGGCCAGCUUACCAGCACUGGGCCCUCUACUUGGGGGACGGGUACAUCAUCAACGUGACGCCUGUAGAUGAAGGGCCCCCAGCCACAUUCGCCAGCGCCAAGUCAGUGUUCAGCAGAAAGGCCCGGGUGAGGAUGCAGCUCCUGAAGGAUGUGGUGGGAAACGACACCUACCACAUCAACAACAAGUAUGACGGCACCUACACUCCCCUCCCGGUGGAGGAGAUCAUCCGGCGUGCCGAGUACCUCAUCGAUCAGGAGGUGUCCUACGACCUGCUCGGUAACAACUGCGAGCACUUCGUGACGCUGCUCCGCUACGGCGAGGGUGUCUCUGACCAGGCCAACAGAGCAAUCGGUGCUAUUGGGUUUGUAACAGCUGCCGCCGGUGCCUUCUCCUUGCUGGGCUUGCUCCGGAGCAGAUCCAGAGAGCGACAGUACUGA